GAGGCCUGCCGGCAUACGACACGCGUUUCCGUAUAGUUCCUAAAUUAUGCGUUAUGUAGUAAGUCUUAGUCAUGGAUAAGUAAUUUUUUUUUAAUCACACGAGGAGUAACUAUCCAUUGAAAUUGGUUUUGUGAUUCAAAUAUUUUGGGGCCAAAAUGAGUGCGUCUUACGGUGCCACAGAAAACCUGGUGGAGAAGGAUAUUCAAACGGACGUGGGAACUCUUCAAAGCGAGCCUUACAGGCGAAGGCGAUGGCUGGUCAGUCAAAACGUCAUAUUCGGUAUAGGCCAUGUCUACAACGAUCUCUGUGCGGCCAUGUGGUUCUCCUACAUGAUGCUAUUCUUCCAAGCGGUGCUCGAAAUGCGAGCUGCGGUCGCCGGCGCCAUGCUGCUUCUAGGUCAGGUCGUUGAUGCAUUAGCGACGCCGGCUGUGGGUAUACUUGCAGAUAAAUAUGGCACAAAGAAAUCCUGGCAUUUGACAGGAUCGAUCCUAGUGAGCUGCACCUUUCCCCUUCUCUUCAUACGAUGUUGGGGCUGCUGGAUGAAGGCAGACGACAGCUACCUGUCCUGGUGGAUGCCGUUCUACUACGCAACCCUCAUCGCCUUCUUCCAAAUAGGAUGGGCUAUCGUCCAGAUCUCGCAUUUGGCCAUGAUACCAGCUAUAACUGAUAAUCUGCAAGUCAGGUCGGAGCUGACCUCGAUAAGGUACAUGGCCUCAGUGAUAUCCAGCCUGCUGGUCUACCUCAUCACGUGGGUGGUGUUGAGAGCAACCAAUUACAGCACAUUCAUUGGUCCCACAGACGACUACAAGUUCAGAGAUGUGUCAUUAAUAAUUUCAAGCAUCGGAAUUGCGGCAUUCACCUUUUUCCACUUGCUAUUCAAAUUGAGAGGUAACAAGGAGUCUAAGACGAAUGGCCACGCCACCAAUGGGACCACCACGCUAAUGACAGCAGCUGAAGAAGACACUGCAACGGCUGGGAAGAGUAAAAUUAUGCACUUUCUACAAAUGCCGUUGUUGUACCAGACUAGUUUGCUAUACGUCUUUUCCAGGCUGUACUGGGCCCUCAGCUUGGUAUACGUCCCCCUGUUCCUAGAAGAACGAUUGUCCGUCAACCCCACUCAGGGGUCAGAACUGAUCGCAAGCGUUCCUCUAGUCCUGUACAUCUCUUCUUUUUUCUUCUCCCUCCUUCUCAAGAGCAAGAUUAGCAGUUGCGGCAAUCAGAUAGCCUAUUUAAUUGGAAGUUCCCUGAGCCUGAUCAGUUGCCUUUGGAUAGCAUUGGCUAUCGACCCAGAAGCCAACAUUGUGCAAAUAUAUUUAGUCGCCACACUUAUUGGUGCUGGUAGUUCCAUAACACUAGUAUCAAGCCUAUGUGUCACCGCUGACUUGAUCGGACCUCAUUCACACCAAGGAGCUGCCAUCUACUCAAUAGUGACCUUUGCAGAUAAGCUGGUUACUGGCAUAGCCGUCGUCGCUAUUGAAAACUACAAAUGUAAUAAUGUGGAGGAUUGCCCGCAGUAUUACAGAGGGGUGCUAACCUACGCCUGCGGCGGCAGCGCCGCUCUUGGCAUCAUUUGCUUGUCAAUCACAAAACUAACAAACCGGCGAAAACAUGGUCAAUCAAACAAUAAAGUAUGAUAUGAAUUUAGCAUUUACAUCAUUGUAUUGACUGUUUACAUCUUAUUUUCUGGUAUACCCCUCAGUUAUCCCAAUGAAAUCGCAAAGAAGGGCAAGGAUUAAUAACUCUCAUAAAAAUUUUAAGUCGCUUUUAAUUGGAUAAACAUUAAAAACAUGAAUAAAUGGUUCAUACUCAAAUCCUUCAACGUCGUGUGACAAAAAUAUUUGGCACAAUUUAAUAUCCAAGUGAUGCAUAUUCAUAGAAGAUUUUGCGUUAUUAAAAACACUAAUCAUUCUCUUUUUGGUUGCGGUACUCAUACAUGCUUGUAAACAGAUGCUAUAUAAAUUUUUACAAUUUCUAAUUAGGGUGCUUGGAUCUGCCAAAUUCGUAGUUUCCGAUGAACGAUCGAGCACGUGAAUAUUUUCCAAUGUUUUACAUUGACUAAGAGAUUGGAAAAAUGUAUUAUAAUCAAACCUCCUAUCAGUCAAGCGCAGGUUCUUCAACGUUUUGCUCAAUGGUACCGAUCGGGAUAUAGACGACACGCACGGCGAUACAGAUGACGCUACAAUAUCUAACGUUUCAAGAUUUGCACAGCAUCUAAACAGAACAUUGAAGAACUCAACACUGUAUCGCACAGUACCAGCUAAACUUAAAAACGUUAGUUUUGACAAAAAAUCACAACUUGGUGUUAAAGUAAUAGGGGUAACAUAGUUCAAAAGAAAUGAAACAGUCAAUUGAACCUUAUUUUUACUUUUCAAAGGCUCAUCCAAAUUAAGUAUAAAAUUCGGGAUACCGAUCCUCUUUUUUUUAAAUUCGUAGGGUUCCUCUACAAUGAAAUCACCUAUCGGCGGUACUGUAGGAGUAGUAUAAUACCAAUUAAAGUUAUCUGGUACAGGGUUCUUACUGCCAUAUUCGAAAUAUACUGGAAAACAGUCUUUCAGCCUAUGAAAUAAGUUCGAGAAAAAUGUAUUGUUAAAACAAGUAUCUUCUUUUUUAAAUAUUAAUACAGCCAUGUUUCCAGUGAGUUGAUUAUUAUACUGAGGCAUACCUCUUAUCUUGAUAUUAAACUUUUCUUUAAAAAACUCUUCAAAUACAGGAGUAGCAUACACUAUUACAUCAUCUAAAGUUAUUCUGUUAUACAUUAUUAUAAAUUCAUAGUGUUCUUUAAUUAACAUAUUGAACAUGGACAUGCCAUAAUAAGGUCCAUAACUUAGUUCUAAGUUCAUGAAAUAAACAAAAAAUUGUUUGAAUUUAAUAAUUCCAUCAAAUUCUCCAUCACAUUCUACAUAGCCAGUCGGCUCAUUUAUUAUGGUACAUUUUAAAGUAUUCAAAUUGGCUUUUUGCAAAAAAUAUCCCGGUACAUUUGUAUACAACAAAUUAACGGCAUUGCCAAUUAAAUGCAAAUUUUCCAUUUUUUCAAAUACAUCUUGACCUCUCAGUACCUGACUUUCUGAAAAUGUAACUUUACCUUUUUCAAAACUAUAAUUGAUACAUAAACUAUUGAUGGUAGGACAAGCAUCAUGCAUGUCAAAAAAGUCUAAGAAUUUAAUUUCUGUAUAAGAGACAUCAAGGGAUUUUAAAUUUUUCAUCCUCUUUAAGACUGGUAUGAUAUUAGUUUUACGCAAAUCUUUAACACUACAUAAAUUCAAAACUUGUAAGUGGUGGGCCGCAUCCUUAAAGAGAUUACAUUUGAAAGUUUGUACAGUUGCCAAACAACUUAGCGACAUGUGCCAUUCCUUUAUUGCACAAGGUAGUGUCAGAACUUUUCUCAAAAUAUCAUCUGAGGCGUCAUAUAACUUAAUUAAAGAUAUCAAAUCUAAUUGCCUUAAAAUUAUGAGAAUCACUUCUUCUGGUAAAUCACUAAUAAUCAUUUUGAAAGCUUAACUAUAAAAGUUAUAAAUAAAUCACAAAAUUCCUGCACCAUACAGUACAGUACUCCUAUGAGUUGGUAACUUAUGUGUGUAAUAGGAAAUUAAUUCACCAACCCAUUGCCGAUUUGCUUCUUAGUGAAAUGUCAGUGGUACAUGGGUUUUCAAAUCCAGUUUCCUCCUUUACACUAUUCUGUAACAAAAA